CUGUGGUGUGGAGUGGGGGGAUCUGGGGUGGAGCUUGUGGGCCAGGAGGGGGCCCCAGAAACGUUGUUGUACUGGGGCCCCGUGGUUUCUAAUGGUGGUCCUGACCCCAACUAAGCCUAAUCAGGUCCUUCCUGCCAGAACUUCAAUUUAUAAAACUUCUUAGAGUAUUUUGGGCAUGUGCAGCUUUUUAUUUAUGGAACACAACGAUACUAAAAGCUCACAAUGUCCUGCGAUGGCUGAUAGAAUAUGUUUUUUUCUACCCUUUGCUAGAAACCACAAAACUGCCAGGCCAGCGCUAAAAUGAGACCCCCGUACGGCAGUUGAGAUGUGGUCAUCAAAUACAGGAAAAGAGUUGACUCUUCAUUUCCUCUUUUACAGCAAUGCUGUUCAGCCACAUUCAGUUGUGAUGUUGAUGCUGGUCCUGAUGGGCUUCUUCUGUGGGGUUUUGGGAAAUGAAGAAAUACUCCCUAAACCAAAUAUAACAGUGGAACCCUAUCCUAUGACAGAAGGUGAUCACAUGACACUGUUGUGCAUCUCCCGCGUUAGUGCGUCUGACGCCGUCGUGAAACCACAGUUUGCUUUCUACAGGAACAAACAGACUGUGCAAGACUUCACGUCCUACAGUUCAUACAAGGUUGGUGCUGCCCAGAUGGAGCAUUCUGGGGAUUAUACCUGUGAAACAAGAACUUCUAAUGACAGCGUAAAGAAGACGAGUGAGGUUCUACAUCUUGACAUACAAGAGCUCUUCCCACAGCCAGAAUUAAAAGUGAGCUUGGCUCCAGUCUAUGAGGGAGGUAACCUGUCUAUCACAUGCAGUACAGUACUGAACCCCAUAGCAGAAAAUACCAUGUUGCAGUUUGCCUUUUACAAGAACAAGGAACCCGUGCAGACAUUCAAUUCAUCUAAUGAAUAUGAAGUUUAUUCCGUUCAGCCGGAGCAUUCUGGGAAAUAUUCAUGCGAAGUGCAAACUCCAAACAACAGCACAAAGAAGUUGAGUCAAGAAGUCAGUGUUCAAGUUCAAGGUGCCUCAGAUAAAAGUCAAGGGUCCUACGUGUAUAAGCCACAAAGUACUUUACGGCUGAUGCUUUCUGCAUGUGUAUUAAUGCUUACAGCUUGUACACUGGUGCAUCACAUGAGGACAACAAAACAGCAGAAGACAAAGAAUAAACGUCCUUCCUCUCCCCUGGUUUUAUAGAGGUGCAACUGUGACAUUUAGUUCUAUACAAACAAGCACUGCCCAUGAACCAGCAGUGUAUAGAGUAUUGUGUAAAGACUUCCUUAGUUGUGUACUCGUUGUGCAGGUCAACAAAUGACAUAUAUUGUAUAACAUGAACUCAUAUACUCUAAUGUAAAAUGCCUGUGCUGUGUAAUCUGCAAUAGUGAUGGGCGAAUUUAUUCGACAGGCGCGAAUUCGCGGCGAAUUUGCGCGAUUCGCC